AUUUUUGUGUAUAUUGAUAUGAACUCUUCGUCUAUUUAUAAGCAGUCAAACACAGAACCUUCGAGUCAUGUCUUAGACAAGAAACCCAACCAACUUGAGGAAACGUCGAACAGAUAUAAUUGGCUCAAGUCUUUUGUUGCUGGUGGCUUUGCAGGUUGUGUUGCUAAAACUUCGGUUGCUCCCCUGGAACGAACGAAAAUUCUUAUGCAAGUAAGUCUCACUUUUGGUCAUUUGUGUCUUCUCUUUUACUGGAGUUUUCAGGUCUCACGUGCUUAUGGCCUGAAUACUUUCCCAAACGUUUACAGAGGAUUGGUACACAUAUAUACAACAGAAGGUUUUCUUGGUCUUUACAAAGGUAACGCUGCCCUUCUUGCUCGUAUUUUCCCGUAUGCAGCCAUUCAGUUUGCCUCUUUUGAGUUUUAUAACCGUACACUGUCCCUACUUAGCUGGAACCGGGAGAACCCUUUGACGACUCGUCUAUUGGCUGGUUCUUUGGCUGGAGCUACAGCUGUAGUUUGUACAUACCCUUUGGAUCUAGUCCGUGCUCGUUUCGCUUGUCAAAUAUUCGAAAGCAAAUAUGAUAGUUUAAGACAUGCUAUUAAAACUAUUUUUCUCUCGGAAGGCGGCCUUCGUGGCUUUUAUAGUGGUAUUUAUCCUACAUUGGCUGGAGUAGUACCCUAUGCAGGUAUCAACUUUUUUACUUAUGGCUUAUUGAGAAGGUUGGCAGAGCGUAAAGGCUGGACGGAACGCAACCCAACCAUUGUUUCUUUGUUAUGUGGCGCUUGUGCAGGCUUAGUAGGGCAAACUUUUACUUUUCCUCUUGAUGUUAUUCGAAGAAGAAUGCAAACAAUUGCCAUGUUUCGUUAUAAUAUUGAAGCUGAGCACGCAGUUGCUUAUUUACCAAAAAGAGGUUUUGGUCGUAUCAUUCCUGCCUUGAUUCAUAUUAUUCGCCAUGAAGGCUUCUUUGGAAUGUAUAAAGGGCUAUCGGUAAAUUAUUUGAAAGCUGCUCCUGCAAUUGCUAUCAGUUUUACUACCUAUGACACUUUGAGACAUUGGUGGAAUAUUCCUACUGGCAAAUAUUCAGCGACUGCAAGUGCUAGUUAAAACGAAACAUUAUUGGAAUAGAAAUGUUGCAACAUAGCUUUCUAACUAGAAGUAUCGUUGAGUAGUGGCUAACUUUUAUGUACUUGUUAAGAGAUAGCAAUGAGCAAUGGAUGUUGAUAGAUGAAUAAUUCAUUGCUAACUGACUUUAUCUUUGGAACUGUAUUGGAUAUGCAUGAGACAGUUUCAUGGAUGAGUUUAUCAUUUUUGAAUUGUAAAUGCAAACCGAAUGCUUUUGUUUCUUCUUUGAAUUCAAAUUUCAUUUCAAGGCCAAGACUGGCUUAUCAUGAGUGAUGAAGCGUAUUG